AUGGCCCCCGACCACGAAUUCGAUCGCGAGGAGCGUGAAGACGCCCCGUUCCUCUCCGAGCCCGGUACCCCUGUCGAUGCGAAGCCCAGGCACGACCAGAACAAUGCCUCCGCCAAAAAGAUCGGCUUCCGGCUGAAGAUGAUUCUGUUCACCAUGAUUCUGGCCGUGGAGGUCGGUCUCGCAUUCUUGGAAGGCCCCAUGGUCCGCAUUCUGGAAUCUAUCGCCUGCCGUCAAUACUUCGCCGGAGUCGAUCCCUCUAAAAUUGGCGCCAAUGGCAACGUGCCUGAAGGCCAGUGCAAGGUGGCUGAAGUUCAGGCGGAAUUGGCCGCCGUGAAGGGAUACCACAUGUUCUUUGACGGGUUGCUGAGUGCUGCGAUGGCCUUUCCGUACGGUCUGCUGGCAGACCGCCGCGGUCGCAAAUCGACGCUGGCCCUCGGGAUUCCCGGGUUUGCCGUCAAUUCAAUGAUUUCACUGGCUGUGAUGUGGUUCUCGGAUAUCUUCCCCUUGCGAGCGAUCUGGCUUUCAUCCUUGGGCUGGUUGAUUGGUGGUGGCCCGGUUGUGUCAUUUGCAAUUAUUUGGACUAUGAUGGCCGACGUAACCACUGAAGCAGAGAGAGCGGGCAUAUUCUUCCAAUUCGGCAUUGUAUCGAUGGGAGCCGACUUUGUUUCGACCGCGGCAAGCUCGUGGCUCAUGGCGUUGAAUCCCUGGGUACCCCUGAUCAUUGGAUUUAUCAUUAUCUUCUUUGGCUUGCUGCUGGUACUGGUGCUGCCGGAGACCAAACACGCGUUCACCCCACAGAGGUCCGAGCCAACCAAUGUGGAGCUUUCCGAGCUUGAUGGGAAUGACGAAUCAAAGUUCCGAUUCGACAAACCCAACGAUUCGGAUAACGAAAUGCAUACCCGCCCGUCUAUGGAUGCACACAUGUCAUGGAGCUAUCCAAAGACGACUUCGCGAGUCCGAGCGUGGUGGGACAAGUGCCGCACCAACAUCCGAUUUUACUUGCGGCCCUACCUCUUCAUUCUCAACCACAAGCCAGUACUGCUUCUACUUUCGGUUUUUCUCAUCUACCGUCUCAGCCGCGGUUCAUCAUGGUUCCUUACCCAAUACAUCUCGACUCGCUACCAUUGGACACUGGCUGAGGCCAACCUGCUGGUGGCCUUCCGGCCCACCAUCUCUAUCCCUAUGUUUCUAUGGGGUCUCCCCUACCUCAAAAAAUACUAUCUCAAUGCUCGACACUCUUCCACCCAGAAGGAUCUUUCUCUUGCACGGGCAAGUAUUCUUCUUUUCACCCUCGGCACGCUGGGGAUCGGGUUAUCUCCGGCGAUUGCCACCCUCAUCCCCAGCAUGGUUAUUCAGGCCUCUGGUUCAGGAUUUGUGUUCCUAACACGGUCUAUCAUCACUACACUUGUCGAGCGAGAUCAGACCGCUCGGUUGUACACGGUGAUUGAGAUCCUCCAGUCAGUGGGCAAUGUCGUAGCCAGCUUGACCAUCACCGCCGUUUUCCAGCUAGGUCUCCGGCUCGGGGGAUUCUGGAUUGGGCUGGCGUGGAUGGUGACUAGCUCAUUAUUUUGCAUGGUGGCUGCUGCAAUCUGGGUUUUCCGCUUGCCGCCUGCACCUCGGAAUGAGGAGUUUGUCGUCGGGGAAUUUGGGGACGACGAAUAG